UUGUAAUCUUUGCUUGCCGUAAUCAGUUCAGCAGCUUUUUUUAAUCAGUGACUUAUGUUUAUAUAUUUCGAAAAAUAAAUAUUACUUUGAAGGAGACUUUAUAUAUACAAUACAGUUAAAUAUAAUUGCUAAAAUGGGUGAUCCGUGUCAAGCUUGUCUUACAAGAGUACCCCAUGCUACUUUAAUAGCCACUAUAAUGUGCUGCUUGGGCGUGGGAGUGUUUUGUGGAACGAUGUACCGAGGUUCAGCACUGUCUAUAUUAAUGUUUGAUGAAGUUUUUCACUUUCGCCUAAUAUGGAUCGAGGCUCUUCAAAUGAUAUUUAUAGUUGGGAGUGCAUGUAUGGCCGCUUUAGGAUUCAUGCUCCUUUGUCUAGGAUGCCUUACCACAGGUGCCACGAGACAAAGAGUUUAUCGAGCUUGGCGAGCUAGAGUCGGCGGAAGGAUCUCUUGCGCAAUUUUCAUGAUAAUAACCUACAUUUUGACAUUUACUUGGAUCAUAUUACUUGGUUUCCUCGUGAUAACUACAUUCUUAUUUACAAUUUUUUGGAAUCUUUGUUCUAAACCAGGAAACAUUGAAUUAUCAACUUGCAUAGAUUUUACACAGUUUGAUUUUAUGUUUCCCGCUUCAGUUAAACAAGAAGAUAUGAAAAUCUGUGAAGCUCACAAAAUGAAACUAUUUUGCAAGGACUAUGUUGAGAAAGCUGAAUUUAUGUUUAUUCUUGCUAUGGUGUCAUGCCUUCUAGUUAUACUGAGUUUGGUACACUAUCUGAUGUGUUUAUCUGCUAACUAUGCACACAUAAGGGAUCAUGAGAAAUUCCAGGAGUUACAAGAAUUGCAAUACCUCACAAACCCAAACCUACAUGCCUCCAAAGACAGAUUCUAGUAUAUGGCCCGUGCGCCAUUACUGCGCUCCCUUGAGGCAACUACUAAAAUGUGACAGAAUGAUUGAGAAAAAAUGCCUACAAAAUCCUGUGUUCAUCUUAUGAAAAUAUAAAAAGACUGAUGUAUGGUGAAGAUGAUGAUUCAAAUUAUUGUCACAUAUCUUAUUUAGACCACUGUGAAUUGUUCAAAUUUGACAUUCCGUUAACAUUAAGGUAAUUUGUUAUAUUUUACAUUAUAGGGAACCUUAAGGUCUUAUUAUAAACAUACUAAAACUUAAAUAAGUAAAUUAUUAUAUCAUUUUCAGUAAACUAGUCCCUUAAAAGAAUAUUGCCCAAAGGCAGACAUAGACAUAUUCUUCUUUACUAUUGCAUAGAUUCAUACCGGAUACACUUUCCUUUUAAUAAUCAAUUAUGCCAGACUGAUAUUUUCUUAAAAGGUUUGUACUGUAUUUAAUAUUGAGACAAUAGUUAGAUGUGACAACAUGUACAUCUUUUUCUAGUAUGUUUAUGAUUAAGACUGCUAGUUUAGAUAAGUUUAGUGUAGCACAAAUAACAUAUUAAGAGUAAGUAGCACUGAUUAUCCAGUAAUUAUUUAAGGUUUACCUUAGAAAGGUAUAUUGUACAAAUAUGUAUAACAGCUAAAUUGAAAAUGAUUAAAGUUUGUUAAGACUGAGUGGCAGACUUGAUUAUAUGGUAGCUAAAUAGAUUUGAAGUUACAUGGAAUUGUUGUAGAUUGAGAUUUAAAAGAAAUUACUAAAAAUUCCAUAUUGCCUAAAUUAAAGUUAAAAAAUAAAUAAUUUGUUUCUUUUUACAAUAAUCAACUAGUAAUCAACAUUAGAUAAAACAGUUUGUAGGUAAAAAUCUUUAAAAAGUAUUAAUCCCACAUUCAAGUUACCAGUGCUACAUUAUUUUGAUCAUAUCUGUAGUGACACAUUUGAUUGAUCAAUAUUUGUAUUUUCAUGCAAACAUGGUUGAAAAGACAACAAUGCAAUAAUAAUAAUUAUAUCAAAUUGAUGCAUCAUUGACUGACUCAUGAGAGCAGGGGUUGGAAAGUCUUAACAAUCUUACUAUUAUGGGAUACUAUCUGUGUAGUUUUACUCUUGUUAAUUUGCUGGUAUCUUUAUAUUAUGUAGUCUCCUCGAUACAUAGACUAUCCCACAAGUUGUAUGUCUAGUAACCCUUAAGUCUUUAACUCAUAAAGCAGAGCAAUGCUAUUUCAAUCAAAAUAUUUCCAUGCUAAAAAACACAAAUAUAUUUGUUGGAGAUUUUGUCUCAAUUAACAAAAUUUUUCAGUCUUUACCUUAUGUUAUGAUAUGAUUUGUAUAGAGAAGUCAUUGAUAGUACUAAUAUAUGUACAAGUUUUCAGAAAUUGAGUACAAUUAUUUUUUACUGUAUCCACUUAAUAACAAUUACAUAUAAGGGUAUGAUAUACAGAUUAAGGGUAUGUUUCACAAUGUCCAGAUAAGUUUUAAAUAAGCUAUUUAUUACUACAUAGGUAGGAUACAUUAUUGUUGAGUUUCACUACUCAGAUAGCGCUAUAUGUCAUGAAUCCCUAAGUCUCUUAUUCUGAACUUUUAUCUUCAGAAUAAUUUAUUUGUUGCAUAGCUAUUUGGUAAUUUAUCCAUACACUGUGAAACAAACCCUUAGAAUGUCAAUAUAACUAUGGCUUCUGUACAAAGCAAAAAUGUGCUGUUAUACAUAAACUAGAAAUUACUCAUAGUAAUGACUUCAAAUAAAUGAGAUAUUUACACAAUUGGUUAUAAAGUAUGUUAAACUUUGUAACUAUGGUAACAAACAAUUCUUUCUUUAAUCCACAUUUUGUAAUGAAAACCUAACCUAACAUUGUUCACUACCUGUUAUGGUAGAAAUAAAACUUAUAUAAUUUUAUAUCUGUAUUUUAUAUUGCAUUUAGUUUUCUGUGGCAUUACAUGUGUAAAUCUUAAUGAAGUUGCCAAUUACUUGAUGAAUUAGUCUGAGUAAUACUGAUAAUAUUAAUAGGCAACAGUUGGAUAAAACCAUUGCCUACUUUAAAUGUUUUAUAAAAUUUAUAUCCAGCCAGCAUUUUUAAAAAUAGGCUCUAGCAAUUAGUGGAAUAUGUACAAAAAGAACAGAACGAACUGUUAAAUUUCUUUAAUGGUGCAAAAUCUAUGGAAAUUCAUUUAAUAAUAUUUAUUGUUUAAGAAGCAUUGAAUAUUUUAUAUGAAUUUUAAAAUGAAGAUCCAGUGAAUCAUUAAAUUGAUAGCAGUAAACUUGACACUUCAAAAUGGCGUUAGCGACGAGAAAUUGGCUUACGGUAAAACUUAUGUUUGCUGUGUUUAAGAAAUAAUUGUUGUUCUGUAGAAUUGUGUCUGAUUUAUUCUUUAAUUGGACGACGUUAAAUUUUUUACCCGGAAUCGAAUUUGUUGUUACCAGUAUUGUGCGAGACUUUUUAUUAAAUUGUUUUCUUAUGACGAGUCAUUUUGAAAUAUAAUCAGCUGUUUAUUGGGACAGGGGACUUGAUAACGACAAGUCGACAACAUUAAUAUUUUAUUUACUAAAGUAUUUUUAUGGCUUAUUGUACGAGCUUCCACUGGAUGGCGGGCCUAGUACCAUAGGUAAUUUUGUCACAUGCUCAAUUUCAAAAUGUAUCAAUUUAGGCCUAACUAAGGCCGAGGGCUCAUCAGCCAUGGCCCAAAUCUGAAGAAUUUAGCAUAGCUAAAAAAUUUGAUUGUUUUUUUUAAAAAUCUGUAUGACAAUAAGCUUAUAUUUUUUGUACUUCUGUAAUUUAUACCCUGUAUGUUAGUUCAAGCACUUGCUUUGUAAUAAGCGUUUUAUUAAAAUGUUCACUUUGAA